AGAUUUUACCAGCUUUAAAAAAAAAAAAAUGUAAGAAGUCAAAAGGAUUGGUUGAAAAUGAAAAAUCAUUGGGUGAGAUACAGUCUGAAAUUCCAUUUUUUAUAAAACCAUCUGAGAAAAUUGCGACAAUCGAUUCAUCAAAAUGGCCUUUAUUAUUGAAGGUAAUGUAUUAAUAUAUUGUAUGAUAGUUUUAUUUAAUUUAAUGAUUAGUUAAAAUAAAAUGUAUAAGAGGUGGAUCAAAGGCUGUAAAAGUAAUUUUUCUAAUAAAUAUGGUGGAUGGUGUUAAAGAUGAAAAUCACAAAUAGACGGUUUGACACAAUUGACAAGACUUCUGGGUGUGUAUAGAUAUAGAUCAAGUCAAGUGGAGAUUUAAGACCAAGGUGGCUUUUUCUAAAUAAGUGGAGAAAAAGGCAAGAGAGAAGAAAAAAAAUCAAUGUAUAAUGUAUGUUAUAAACUUAAUGUAUGUAUAAUAGUAUAAUAAUCUAACUUCGCUAUUAAAAAUGAAAUAAAAUAUGUAAUAUGUAGGUAUGUAAUAUCUAAUUAAUUUUUUGUUAAAAAAUCUAUUUUGGGUCGAUUGAAUUUUCCCUUCUUCGGUCGAAUUCAUAAUCAUAUCUUCGUAGGAUUCUGCUUUUCCAUAUUUCCCUAUUUUCCCUAUUUGAGAAAAAUAACAAUUUUUACAGAGAAUGUAAACACAGAUAACACACCGAACUAUUCAUACACUACCUAUCGUAAAAUACUAAACCUCUUUAUUGACAUUAAAGACUGCUUGGUUUUGUGAAAAGAAUUUAUUUUAUCUCCGCGAUAAAAUCAAAAUACCAGUUAGGUUAAGUAAUGAUUUAUAUCGCAUUUAUAGAACAUUUGUUCAUUAUAUGUUUUUUUUUUUUUUGUUUUUGUUUACGGCCUCAUAGACCACUCAUCCAAACAUAAUUGCCUCCAUUCUUCAUGAUUUUGUGCUAGUAUAUGCCAAUGUUCCUCCGCUUAGAAAACUGUUACAUCUUUUUUGACACAGUCCUCCCAUCGCAUUCUGGGUCUUCCUAGUGGUCUUUUCCCUCUUGGAUUCUCUUGUAAGACCGUCUUUGUCAUAGCAUCAGGUUUCCUCCGAACAUGACCUGCCCNUCCGCUUAGAAAACUGUUACAUCUUUUUUGACACAGUCCUCCCAUCGCAUUCUGGGUCUUCCUAGUGGUCUUUUCCCUCUUGGAUUCUCUUGUAAGACCGUCUUUGUCAUAGCAUCAGGUUUCCUCCGAACAUGACCUGCCCAUUCCAACCUUUUUCUUUUUAUCUCCUUUACUAUAUCCGGUCUGUUUUAUAAGUCGUAUAAUUCCUCAUUGUGUCUUUUACGCCGUUCACCUGGUAAAUGAACCUUCGUUCAUUAUAUGUACAUAUUUUAUUUAUUUUUAUCUAAUGACCCUAUUAACCGGUGUGCGAGUCGAAUAGAUAAAUUUUUUGCUGUGCUGUAUUAUAUGUAUAAUCGGGACCAGCCGUUUUCAUUACACCACAUAAUUUUGAUAACACAUUUCCAUCAUAUAGCAAACCAACUAUUUCAUUGAUUGAUGAUCGGAUGCAUCAAGAGGCAAUCCGAAUUGCAAUCAGAUUACUCAAAUUUCACGAGGAACAUCAAAAUCUAUUGGGUUGAUCAUCUGUUUGAUAAUAUAGUUUGUUGAGGAACACAUGAAAUGUGUAAUUCACAAUAUAGAAUUUUUUAAUAUAACAUAUAAAAUCCACAUAAUAUCAGAAAAACAAAAAAGCAAUAAUUUUAAAACUUAGUCAGUCCACAUAAUUCUAACUUAACCAUCAUUCUUAAAUCGGCAAUAUGCAUGUUAAAAAAAAAAAAAAUUGAAAAAUUAGAUAUGUUUCACAUAAUUUUUUACUCAAAUGAUUUUGGUCAAAAUUUGAUAUUCAAAUUAAUUUAUAAAAAGAAAAUGCUACAUUAAACUCAAGUAUUUCCACAAAGUACCUAACAAAUAUAAAUUCCGUACAAAACUUGCAAAAUUUAAAUGUCUAUAAAUAGCUCAAAAUGGCUCGAUUUUUUUUUGAAAAUUUUACCACGUCUAGAAAAAAGCAAAUAUACAUUUUUUGUCUACUAGAUUAGAUACGAAUAUUUUUAAUUGAAUUUUUUAUUAAAAGUUUAAAAAUGGCUCAAAGUUUUCGAAAAUUUUAUCAUAUUUAGAAAAUUCCAAUAUAAGUUUUCUGUCCAAAUUUCAAGUCUUUAGGAAUAUUUUAAACUGAUUUACAAUAAAUAAUAAUAAAAUCAUUAAAUAUAUCAAUAAAUUUCUCAUUUUUCUUAAGUUUAAUGUUAGAGUUUUUUUUAACCACUUGGAAAAUCAAAAAAAUGUCUUUCCAAAAGUACUAUCUGGACAAUAUUUACUUUCAGGAAUUGUGCUGCCCAUAUAUAUCGGAGCAAGAUUUCCGAUAGAAUUUUUGUACAUAAUAUAAAAAAAAAAUUUUUUGUAAAACCAAUACAUACUUCACUAAAUUGAUCUAUAAAUUCUUGAACUCUAUAAGAGUUUUCUUAUUCCUUUUGAACAAUCAGGUUUUAAUGACUAUAUUAAACACUAAUUAUUUAUAUUAAUUUAUCUUUAAUAAAGUAAACAUUUUUAUCAUGUUGAAAUAAAAAGUUAUAUUCAAAAAUCCAAAAGUAUCUAAGUAGUGUCAGACAUUGGAAUAAUUAUAGUGAUAUAUUAUAAUUUAUGGAUAUUUUACACAAUAGUCUUGCACAGUUUGUAAUUGUCAUAUUUUUAUGAUGUUACUUUUAUUACAUACCUAAAUUACUUGCUAUUUUUUUUCCAAAAAAUCUAAUGUUAGUAUUAAAUUGAUUACCUAUAAUUUACCUAUAAAUCUAUUAAGCAUUUAGUAUUUUUAAGUUGAUAUCCCCUACAUUAGUGGUGCUCAACCUCGAGGUCAUGAAAUUUUAACGGGGAGCCUUCAAUAUUUUUACACCAAAUGAAAGUAUCAAUCGUAAUAUGUCAUAUUAUUAUCUUAAUAUUUCGAUAGUAAGUUCUUUUGAAUCACUUAAUAUAUGGGCUAUUUUUAAAUUUAAUCAGAAAUUAUCACUUUUUUUUCUUCAAUUUAUUUAUACAAAACAGCAUUGUCAACACUAGUAAUAAUAAAAAACAAAUAUUGCUUCAGAUUUAAGAAUAGCAGUCUCAAAUAUUAAAUCCAAUUUAAAUUCAAUCAUGUUUACAAUUCAAGCAAAAGAAUCUAUUAAAUCCUGCAAUUUUAUGAUUUAAAAUUAUUAAAAUGUUGAUUAUAAUUAUAACAAUUCAGGAAAAAAAUUUGUAUGUUUUUAAAUAAAAAAUUUGAAUAAAUUAAAUUAAAUAAAUAUUAAAAUUGCUUUAAAUUUACUGUUUAAUUAAUAUGACUAUAAUUAUUGUACGCUUAAGUUAUGUUAGUAGGAUGGGGGGAGGGGUGCCUCACUAAAAUAAAUUAAUUUGAGGAUGGAAAAAGAUUGCACACCACUGCCCUAGUUCACAAUUGAUAAACAUUAUUUAAAGUAUGUAUUUUAAUAGCAUAUAAUUAUUAAUUUUAACAUCAACAUAUAAAUUGUAUUUAAAUUUAAUUGUUAUAUACUAAAUGUAUGAUUUAUAAUAUUUACAAUUUAGUGAAUUCAUAAUUUUAUUUUUAAACUAGAUAUGUUUAAACACUAUCGUUUCAGUGGCCUAACUAAAACUUUUAAUGCCCUUGGCAAAAUAACUAAAUGAUGGCCAAUACACAAUUUAAGUUGGAGAGAGUUUUACAUAGAUCGGAGCAAAAAUAUAAGUUAUCAAUUAUUUGAUUUUAUGACUUGGGGCACCUAGAUGUCAUGGGCUUGUAGUGUGUUACCCAUUAUGAUGCCCUGUCAGUAUGCUACUGUGUCUAUUCAAUAAUAUAAACAAUUAUAUAUGUAUAAACAAUUUGAAUGUAUGCAUACAAGUUUUUAAAUAAGUGACACCUUAUCAAUACACAUUGGUUUUAAUACUGGGGUCAACUUUUACAUGGCAUGAGUCAAAUUGUAGGGGUAGUAUAGGUUUAGAAGAGGGGUAAUAUUAUGAACAUAAGUACAUUUGGAUUAAAGAAUUAAGAAAAAGUUCAAUUAUAAUUUUUUUCUUUUAGAAUUUUGAUUCUUUAAAUGUGCGGACAAAUCAUUAUACGCCAUUGCCAUUUGGAUCAAAUCCACUACAACGAGACAUUAAAGAUUAUGUUCGAUCAGGAUAUAUUAACUUGGACAAACCAUCAAAUCCCAGUUCCCACGAGGUGGUUGCUUGGAUUAAACGAAUAUUGAAGGUUGAAAAAACUGGCCAUUCUGGAACACUGGAUCCAAAAACUUCAGGUAGGUAUUAUUUGUUUAUGUUUAGUUUUUUUCUCAGAAUUUUUUUUGUAGAAUAUUUCAGAAACAAGCUGCUCUACCGAUUUAAAUUUGUGUUCUUGUUUUGUCACUUAUUUUUGAGGGUGAAACCACAAUCUUUUUUCGUUUUUCAAAUGAAAACCUUUAUUAGAAAUUCAAUACAUAGAUGGAGUAUUAGUUGAAAUUAAUUUUGGUCUUGACAUUUUUGAUAUUAUUUAACCAAUUAAUGAGAUAUUCUACUUUUGUAAGUUUGAGGGAGAAUAGUGAUAUAUUAUUGAAAAUUUUAACACCAAAAUUAUUUUAACUAAUCACUCCAUUUAUAAAAAUGGAAUUUUCAAUUUAGAUAGCUAUUUGUAAAUCAAAGUGGGUAGUGGUUUCACCCCUAAAUAUACAUUGGAUUUUAUUUUAAAAAAUUGUUUUAAAUAUAUUUUUUGAAUAAAAAUUUACAAUUUACAUUUUUAAAGAUAAAAACAUUAUUGAUGCAUAAGCAUAUUGAUUGAUUGAAGUAUUAUUAAAAUAUAUUAUUCUGGUAUAAAAUUAUUAUACCAGAAUAAACCUUCAUAAAUCAAAUAUAUAUGUAUUAUUUUUGAAAAUAGUUAAUAUUAUUACAUUCUCAUUUAACAAUUGUUUUGUUUCUUUCAAGACUAAACUACCAAAUUAUUGUUAUAUAUGUUAAUAAUAUUUAUUUAUUUAUUUUUCACACUUGAUAUAUUAUUGAAACUGUGGGUGGUUAGUUUUAGAUUAUGAUUGUACUAUUGUUAAAACUCCAAUAAUUAAUCAUACUCAUACAAAGCUCAUGUUUUGCUCUCCAGUUUUAAGUCUAGUCAAGUAAAACUGUACUAUUAAAAUACAAACAACAAUUGAACUUUUUAAAGACAAAAUCAUUUCUUAUCAUUUCAGCUCUAUAUUUGUCAUUUUGCAUACUUGUUGUGAUUGUAGUAGAUUAUUUUCUGUUUAACUAAAUCCACAAUUAAUCUACUAUUUUUCCUAAUUGAAUAGACUAAUAUAAGUCUUGAGUACUCGUUUAAAUUCUCACGAAGAACUUAAAAUGUUCAAUGGCUUAAUUGAGUUUUAUUGUACAAUAUUCUUUUAGUUGUUUUAAACAGGACAUAUAUUCUUUUUGCUUAUAUUUUUCGAAUUAUCUAUACAGCUUCUACCCAUAAUUGAUUUUCUAUCAGUAUCAGUAUCAGUUUCUCUCAUUGUGUUAUUUUUAUGAAUACAAUAUAAUAAAAACUAUUGGAGUUUUAUGUAUGAUUAAAUACUUUGAAAAUAUUUUAUUGACAAAUGUGUAUAGGUGUACUUGUAGUGUGCAUUGAAAGAGCUACAAGACUAGUGAAGUCUCAGCAAUCCAGCGGCAAGGAGUACAUAGCUGUUUUUAAAUUACAUAACGCAGUUGAAAACGUUCUUGAGGUUAAUAUUUAUCAUUUUUAUUAUUAAUAUUAUUAUAAUUAUUAUUUUUAAAAAUAUAUAUUUACCUGUUUUGUUAAUUUAGAUUAAAAAAAGUUUAGAGUCAUUGCGUGGUGCUCUGUUUCAAAGACCUCCAUUGAUAGCAGCUGUAAAACGGCAACUACGUAUUCGUACUAUAUUCGAAAACAAAUUAUUAGAUUAUGAUCAAGAUACCUCUACAGGUAUCAUUUGGUUAAAGUGUGAGGCUGGUACUUAUGUUAGAACACUUUGUGUUCAUUUGGGCUUAAUGUUGGGCACAGGAGGUCAAAUGAUUGAACUCAGAAGGAACCGUUCUGGUAAGUUUUUUUAAAUAUUAAAAAUAGUAUGUAUAUUUUAAUUUAUGCUACAAUAUGUAUUUUCAGGAAUUACUAGUGAAGAAGAAGGACUCGCCACAUUGCAUGAUGUAUUAGAUGCACAGUGGAUGUUUGAAAAUAAUAAAGAUGAAUCCUAUCUGAGGCGAGUGGUUAGACCUCUGGAAGGCAUACUUACUAAUUAUAAACGGAUUUUUGUCAAGGACAGUGCAGUAAGUUAAUUCAGUAUGAGAAGUAACAAACUAUUGAAAAUCUCGAUCUAAAAUACUAGUAUCUAUUUUCAUGAGCUGAAAAAAAAAAAUUAAUUUUUAACUUUUGUGAUUUAAUAGCUAAUUCAUAAUGUAUGUUUAAAUAAAUUUUAGAUUAACGCAAUUUGUUAUGGAGCAAAAAUUAUGCUUCCUGGAUUACUAAGAUAUGAUAAUGGUAUCGAGUUAAAUAUGGAAGUUGUCAUUGUUUCAACUAAAGGAGAAGCUGUAGCUUUAGGUAAUUUCCAAACAUUAUCACAUUGUUUUAUAAUAUAGAUGUAAAGUGAGAUGUUUGUAAUGUAAUUCUAUAAUUUUAGUAAUUCAUCAGUAAUUUAAAUUGUAAGUUAUUUCCUCAUUAAAUAUUGUAUAUAUUUUAGAUUCUGAGGGAAGAGAGGGAUGUAUCGUUUUAAUAAUAUUUUUUUUAUAUAUAUAUUUUAUACACUCUUUCUAUUAGAAAUCAUACUCGGAUUAAUCUAGUGUAGAAUCUUUUCUAAAAGAGUAUUUUUCUGAAGGCCAUUUUUUUAAAUUUUGUUAGAAGUUUUCAUAAUUAUUGGGAAAUACUGGAAAAUUAACAAAUUUAAAGAUAUCAAUAUUUUUAUUUACCUAAUUAUUUUUUUCAUUAUUUUUUUGUUCAAAAUUUGGACAGUUAACUUAUAAUUGUUUUUUCUAGAAGUGGUAAAAUUUUCAAAACACCAAUUUAUAGGCAUUUUAAUUUUGUGAGUUUUUUACAUAAUUUUUAUUUAGUAGAUACUUUGCGAAUAAAAUUGUUAUACUUAACUGAAAUGCUUGAUAAUGUAACAAGAGGUUCAAUUUAAAUUUUACCGAGUGAUCAACAGGAAAAAUGUUAAUCUAAUGUGGUAUAUUUUCUUCAUAUUUUGUUGAAAAUCAUACAUAAUAUGGUAUUUUAAAACAUUCCAUGUAUACAAUAUAUUAUAUUUAUUUUGCUAAAAUAUAACAUAUAUUGUUAAAAAAGCAACACUAUUAACCGAACUCCGCUUAGAAUCGUUUUUUAUUAGCAAUGUUUGCACACAAAUGUAUAUUAAAUUCUUCUCUAUAUUCUAAUUUUCAAACUUCUCAUCUAUAACAGUAUGUGUGUGUUUUUUUUUAUUUUAACUUUAAGGUAAAUUAUUAAAUCUAUGUUAAUAUUAAAAUGAUAUAUAUUUUAAUCUUUUAUUUCUUUGGCUUAAUAUUUAUAUUAUAAUAUUUGAAUUACUUAUUUGUUUUAGUCCUAUAAGUGUUCUAUUUUUAGUGCAUACGAUUUUGUACUGUAAUGUUUUAUUAUGUUUUGGACUGUUGGAUUUACCUUAUAUCAAUUAUUUAUAUUUAUUAACUAAGGUUUUUUUGAUUUUAAUUUAGCUAUUGCCCUGAUGACUACAGCUACCAUUUCUAGUUGUGAUCAUGGGAUCAUUGCUAAAAUUAAAAGAGUAUUAAUGGAUCGAGAUACCUAUCCUCGUAAAUGGGGACUAGGUCCAAUGGUUAGUAAAAUAUUGUUAAUCUUAAACUGCAAAUUUGUACGCAUGAUAUAUUAACAAUAAAUAUAUUAAUUGUUUCUACAAAUAAAACAUUUCAAAAAAAUUUUAAUUUUAGGCUAGCACCAAAAAGAAUAUGAUAAAAGAAGGUUUAUUGGAUAAAUUUGGAAAACCUAAUGAAAAUACUCCGGAAAAUUGGAGACAGACAUUCUUCAAAGACGUGUAAGUUACACAUAUGACACAAAAAUGGUUUAACCAGUAUAUUUAUAUAGAUAUUAAAUAAAUAAAUACUUUUUUUUUCUGUUACAGAGUCAAAGAAAUAAGUAAUGAGAAUGAUGAUAAAAAGGUAUUAAAAUUUUUAAAAAUAAAAUGAAAAUAAUAGUAAUGAACCAUUGAUUCAUCGUAAUCGUAUUCUAGAUCAGUAGUUUUCAACCUUUUACAAAUCGCGACCUAAUUUAUUUUUUUCAUUUAUGACUAUCCCUUCAAAAAUCUUUAUUAGAACUUGAAUAAUACAAUGUACAGUAUACACAUAAUACUUAUGGUUUUUGGUGAUCACCUAUCACUCCUGGGCCUCUUUGUUGAAAACCACUGUUCUAGACUUAUAGUAAAGAUUUUCUUUUUGUACUUUUCGAUAGCCUAUGAAAUUUUCAAUUUUAAAUUCAAAGUGCAAAUAGUACUAUUUUAAAUUGUGCUAUAUAACAUCUGAUACAAUAGUUUAAUGUUUUAGACAACCAAUAUCAAUUAUUGAUAAGCUAUUGAUACUGAUUUUUAAAAACUAUUGAAAACUGUCAAUAAUCCAUAAUUGAUGGGUUUCAAUCAGUGGUAUCUGGUUUUUUAUUUUUUACAACCUGAUAUUUUGGUAAGCAUCAUCAACUACAAUCAUCCAACCAAAAACUAAUUUAGGGUUUUAUUGCUUAGGCUCUCAAUAAAUGUUAAUACUUAUGGAUUAUAUUAAUAUAGACGUUAUUUGUUUGAUAAAAAACCAGUUUUAAUUAUUCGUAAAAUCGCCCACUACCAAAUUUAAAGUUACUUGUAUCAUUUAGAAAGAUUGUAUAAUAUUGUAAAUAAUAAAUUGUUCUAUCAAUUAAUUAAUUAUAGGAAAAGACAUAGUACGCCACCAGAAGAAACAUUGUUGAAUGUAAAGAAAGAUAAAAAAUUUAAAAAGGAACAUAUUGUAGAAAAAAGUACACCUGAAAUUACACAAUCAUCAACUGAAGUUGUGGAGGAAAAAGUGAGUGUAAUUAAGCAAAUGAUUUAAUUUUGUAUUAGUAAAAUAUUGUAUAAAAGAGAACUACAAUUUAUUUCUAUUAAUCUCAUGGUGUUUUAACAGUUUGAAAUUAAAACUUAAAAGAACAAUGUAAAAAUUAUUGUUAAAUUUGUGAUAAAUAUCAAGCUGAGCCAGAACCCGCAUUUUCCUACUACUAAUAUAAUUAGACAAUCAGUUCAUAACUGAUUUAUUUCAAUAAUAAAUAUGUUUUUUAACUUUAUUUUUGUGCGUAUGUUCACUUGUUUUAUUAUCAUACAAAUCCUAACCCUGCUGAUAAUAAUUAUUCCUUGUACAGUAUAAUUAACUGGAUUCCUCUAUUAUUUUAUAUAUUUACGUUUGAUAUUUAUCUGUUUAUUAUUGCCAUUUAUGGUUCCGAGUAAAGUAUUUACACUUGAAAAAAGUGUAUAAUUUACAUAAUUUACAAACUUAAAACAUGAUAUCAAACAUUAAUAAAUGUAUAAGAAUCUAUAAUUAUUCCUUGUACAGUAUAAUUAACUGGAUUCCUCUAUAAUUUUAUAUAUUUACGUUUGAUAUUUAUCUGUUUAUUAUUGCCAUUUAUGGUUCCGAGUAAAGUAUUUACACUUGAAAAAACAAUAUUUCAAAUUUUAGAGAUUUUUUCUGCACCGGUGUCCCUUCUCAUCUAGCUACGCCACUGACUAUUCGUCAAUCACUAGUUGAAAUUGUUUAAGCCUAUUACAGAUAAUAAAAUAUUAAUAUUUAUAAUACCCAAGUAAUGUCGGGUUUUUAUAUACAAAAAUAUAUUUUUACCGAAUAUAUUUAUCUACCGUUUUAUUGGAGUAAGAAAUGGUUACGUUCCAUAACCUAUGUAAUCUAUCGAAUUCGUGUUUUUUCGUACAUAUUUCUGAAUAUUUUAGCUUGUGGUACAUAUUGAAACGUAUUUUUAUAUAUUCAUGCUAUAUUAGAUUACAUUAGAGAAUAUGUACCGAUGCAGUGGCCAGUGAUAUAUUGUUCUUACAAAUUCAUUAUUAUUAUUUUUUUUUCAUAAUUAACCGUACAUUUUUCUAUGUUAAUGUCGAGAAUAUUUUGGGUAGGUAUAUAAAAAAAUAUUCGGAUUAUUUCUUUAGUUUUUGCUGUGUAAAAACACAAUAUUUCAUAUAUGUUUUACCAGAAUAUUAUUCGGAAAAAUAACACGGCUGUAGAAAUAGUCGUCCUGUGGUAGUACCGAGGGGGAUUUCGGCUUUAGACAUACGCCACAGGCGAGGGGUGAAGUAUAUCAAUAGGCAUCAACCAGCCGUCUCCGCGGCGACCGCACCCUCGUUCGCAUUGUGUGACCGGCUCGGAUAUACUCGUUGUUCGUCGUCCCCUCUUCGGGUCGGAAAUCAGUAGUCAUGCGACGCGUAAAAUUCCAGUCUUUCCGCCUCGGUAGGUAGUCGUCGAUGCUCAGUUUACCGCCAGAACGCCACCACGUUAGUACUUCCGCGCUGUCGGACGGUUCU